CCGCCGGAUGCUGACCAUCCCGGGCGUGGCGGGACGUGGAUGAUGGCGGCGUCUCCGCCGAGGGGGUGCGCUGCUGGGUUUCCGGCUGAGGGGAGAUGCGGGUACUAUGUGGAAAAGAAGAGGCGGUUCUGCAGGAUGGUGGCGGCCGCGGGGAAGAGGUUCUGCGGCGAGCACUCCGGCGCUGCGGAGGAAGAAAAUGCUCGGAAAAGAAUCCUGUGUCCUUUAGAUCCAAAACACACAGUAUAUGAAGAUCAACUAGCAAAGCAUUUGAAAAAAUGUAAUGCAAGAGAGAAGCCAAAACCUGAUUUCUUUGUUCAAGAUAUUAAUGCAGGCUUAAAAGAUGAGACAGAAAUACCUGAACAAUUAGUUCCAAUAUCUUCUCUAUCUGAAGAGCAGUUGGGAAACUUAAUUAACAAAUUGAGAAAAGCAAGUGAAGGUUUGAGUUCCACACUUAAUGAUCACAUCAUGUCGCACCCAGCUUUACAGGAUGCCAUUAAUGACCCUAGAAAUGGGGACUCUGCAACCAAGCACUUGAAACAGCAGGCUUCUAUUUUAGGUAACAUUGAAAAAUUAAAGUUACUUGGUCCAAGAAGAUGCUUUGUUGAAUUUGGAGCAGGCAAGGGAAAAUUAUCUCAUUGGGUUGAUAUUGCCUUAAAAGAUGCUGAGAAAGUUCACUUCAUCCUCGUGGAAAAAGUGACUACAAGAUUCAAGGUGGAUGGUAAACACAGAAAGAAAAAUUCAAUGUUUGAAAGACUUCAAAUUGAUAUUCAACACUUAUGUUUGAAUAAGAUUCCUGUGCUAAGAGAAGGAAAACUGCCUGUGGUAGGAAUUGGAAAACAUCUGUGUGGUGUGGCAACAGAUCUUGCAUUACGAUGUUUGGUUGAAACUUAUGCUGCCUGUUAUGAGGAAAAGAAUGAAGAACCUUUAGCCAAACGUAUAAAGAAUGAUAAAACAGAAAAUGAUAUGAACACUUUGGCCAAGGAAGGAAAUGAAAAUAAUGUCCCAAAGAAGUGGCCUCCUGUGGCUGGCAUCGUUAUUGCACUCUGUUGUCACCAUAGGUGUGAUUGGAGACAUUAUGUGGGCAAAGAAUAUUUUAGGGCCCUAGGCCUUGGAGCAGUAGAAUUCCAUUAUUUCCAGCGAAUGAGUAGUUGGGCAACUUGUGGGAUGAGAAAAGCACCUUUGGAAGACACAAAUAUUACUACAAAGAGCAAAGAUCAUCAAAAUGAUGAUAGCAAAGAGCAUGAUGAUGGAGAAUACAGAAUCACAGAUGACAGCACUGAUAAUUUGCCUGGGAUUCUCACUGUUGAAGAAAAGAAGAAGAUAGGGCAUCUCUGUAAAUUGCUGAUUGACCAAGGCCGAGUCCAGUAUUUAGAGCAAAAGGGUUUCAGUCCUGCUUUACAGAACUAUGUAGACCCUUUGGUGUCUCUGGAAAAUGUAUUGUUAACAGCCUUACCAAUUCAUUCUUCUUCACCACAAAUAACUGGUUAAUGGAAAAGAAGUUUGGACAUGUGUCUUCCACAAAAGAAAAAAUUUAAUAUUUUUAUACUUAC